CCUUGAUUAGCCCUUCAAAUAAAGAAUAAAACCUUACCCACCCACCUAAAAUCUCCACGCUCUUAUAUAACCCUGGCAAUCUUUCAUUUCAUUUCAACAAUCUUUGCCUUAACCCCUCACCAAUGGAGCAAAUAACAACGUUUUCCCUCUCCACAAUCGUCUUUCUCAUCAUAGCAAUUUCAAAGUACAUAAUCUCCUCCAAACGACGUCGUAGAAAGCUCCUCCCGCCUAGCCCACCUUCACUCCCUCUCAUCGGCCACCUCCACCUCCUCAAAGAGCCGCUCCACAGAACCCUCCAAUACCUCUCCGCCCGCUACGGCCCAAUUAUCUUCCUCUCCAUGGGCACAGCCCGAAACGCCGUCGUAAUCUCCUCUCCAUCCCUCGCCGAAGAAUGCUUCACCAAAAACGACACCGUCUUCGCGAACCGGCCCAACACCACCCUGGGCCAGAUCCUCCACUACAACUAUACCACCAUCGCUGCCGCACCUUCGGGCCCGAUCUGGCGCGCCCUCCGCCGCUUCACCGCCGUCGAGCUCCUCUCCUCCGCCGCGGUCAACGACUCCUCCUACAUCCGCCGGGACGAAGUCAAUCUCCUCCUCCGGAACCUUCUCGAGUCGGGUCGGGGCGUCGGGUCGGGUUUUGGUUUUUACGAGAUGGAUAUGAGGGCGAGGCUCUCGGGUCUUACGAUGAAUGUCAUCACGAGGAUGGUGGCGGGGAAGAGAUAUUACGGCGACGGAGGGGAGCUGGUUGAUGAUGAUGGUUUUGGAGACGUGGUGAGGGAGAUUGGGUUCGUGCUGACCAACGCGUCGACUCCGGGGGAUUUCUUGCCGGCGCUGCGGUGGCUCGAUUUGGGCGGGACGGAGGCGAAGAUGCGGCGGGCUCAUGCCACGUGUGAUGGGUUUUGCCAGCGCUUGAUUGAUGAGAGCCGGAAUGAGAAUAAAGGAGGGAGGAAGAAUUGUGCGAGUAGGCCGCCGAAGAUGAUUGAUGCUAUGUUGGCUCUGCAGGAAUCUGAGCCUGAAACAUACACCGAUGAUGUCAUUAAAGGCCACGUGCUCAUAAUGAUAAUCGUGGGUACGAACACAUUUGCCGUGAUGAUGGAAUGGGCACUCUCCGCCUUACUCAACAACCCUACCGUCCUCGACAAGGCAAGAAUCGAGCUGGACGCCAUUGUCGGCCAUAAUCGACUAGUCGACGAUUGCGACUAUCACAACCUUCCUUAUCUCCACAGCAUCAUUAUAGAAACGCUUCGCUUGUAUCCGGUGACACCGUUGUUGGUGCCGCACCAGUCGUCGGAAGAUUGCACCAUUAGAGGCUACCACAUCCCGAAAGGUACGAUGUUGAUGGUCAACGCGUGGGCUAUUCACCGGGAUCCUACGGUAUGGGAAGACCCGAGUAGUUUCCGGCCGGAAAGAUAUGGAAAUGGGGAGGUCAGCGGCCAGGCGUACGGGUUUUUGCCGUUUGGUAUUGGAAGAAGGUCGUGCCCCGGUUCCGGGCUGGCGAAUAAGGCGAUGUGCUUGGUUUUGGGUUCGUUGAUUCAGUGCUUUGAGUGGGAACGGAAAGGUGAGGAGUUGGUGGAUAUGUGUGAAGGAAGAGGGAUAACUAUGCCCAAAGCGACGCCUUUGGUGGCGAUGUGUAGAGUUAGAGAGUGUAUGAAGGAUGUUUUCUUGACUAUGUAGCUAAUAAUUAAUAAAUGCAUAAUGAUGAAUUGAGAUUUUAGGUUAAUUAGUAUUAAUAAUAAAUGCAUAAUAAUGACAACGUAGCUAUUCAAGAAUUUCGCAAUGUUUAAAAGCAUCGCUACUUUAGUUUUUGACUUUAUGGUACUACUUCGGGUCAUACCUAUA